CUUUUGCCAGACCACGAACUCCAUAUAAAGGAAGUAUCUAUAACCUCCCCCUCCAUAUAAAGGAGCUUUUCAAAGUCAACAGAGAGGACAGUGGGGUGUCUCAUCUCAACUCUUAAAAGGCUUCUAUCUCCAUCCAGUUUCAUGGAGUUGCUAGCAUUGCUGGGCACAGAGGCCUGGAGUCUAGGCAGUUAUGUUUCCUAUGUCCUUCCUUUCCUCUUUCUGGUUGUGCUAUUGAAGCUGUAUGGACUGGGAUCAAGCAUCUGGACCCUCCAGAGUUGCCCUGUAGACUUAACUGGGAAGACUGCUGUAGUGACUGGAGCCAACACAGGGAUAGGGAAGGCUGUGUCCUGUGAGCUGGCCCGACGUGGGGCCCGUGUGGUCCUUGCCUGCCGGAGACUCCCUGAAGGGCAAAAGGCACUUGCAGACAUCCAAAAAGCCACUGGAAGUAAGCAGCUGCUGCUUCGAGAGUUGGACCUCAGCUCUCUGGCCUCCAUCCACAGCUUUUCCCAGAAGCUUCUUCAGGAGGAACCCCAUAUCCACCUGCUGGUCAACAAUGCUGCAGUCUGUGGUACAUCUCCCCACACCCCAGGGCUUCCCUACAAGACUCUUACCUCAGAUGGCCUGGAAUUGACUUUCAUGACCAACUACCUUGGGCCCUUUCUGCUCACAAACCUGUUACUGAAGGGCCUGCUCCAGGCAGACUCAGCCCGAGUGGUGAAUGUGAGCUCUUUUCGACACACAUAUGGGUUUGUGGAUGAACAGCACCUAGUAGGGGCUGGGCACCCCCUUGAAAUACACGUGGCGUAUGACUGUACCAAGCUGCUGUUGAUCUCUUUCACUAAGGAGCUUGCUCAGAGACUUCAAGGAACAGACUCCUCAAAGUAUAUGGACAUUUUUUUAAGCAUAACUCCAAAUUGCUUUCAAGAAUGGUUGGAGAGGAAUCGCGUGGCGGCGUGCGGGCUAGAGCGUCUCCACCUCUCCCACCAGCAGCGCAGCUUCUGGGCUCCCUGGCCUGGAGUGUGGCUGUGCGGCCCUAGUCUUCCGGGCCACAGGGCCCUCCCUCACUGCAUCGGGCUCCUCGAUGGGGCCCGGGUUCUCAGGCCCGGCCUGGUCGAAGUGGCCGCCCCAGGACAUGACGGCCUGACUCCUGUCGCCCUUCCGCUAAGCGGUCCCUGCUGAGCUCUCGCUCCCCCGCCCCCCACCCCCGAGGUUCAGGAAGGCCGGGCUCACCUAUGGCCCCCCUCAUACCUCUUCGCCUGGUGACGUGCGAGCACUGCCAGGGCCCGGCACAGAGCAGGCAUGAUGACCAAGCACGGCACUCAUAUCACGGCCACUCCUAGCGCUGAUGACCGGCCCUCCAUCUUCGAGGUGGUAGCACAGGACAGUCUGAUGGUUGCUGUGAGGCCUACCUGUCAGCAUGUGGCUAAGGUUCUUGAAGAAUCCAGCCCUGCCCACUAUGGCUUCCUCUGGAGGUGAUUUGAUGAGACCUUUCUGGAUCUCUUGCUGCAGCAGCAAUACUUGUCUAAAGCCAGUGCCUUCUUCUCCAAAAACUUUUGCGGCUUAAAGAGGAUCGUGAUGGGAGACCUCUGGGGGUCCUGAGGUUGGCCAGUGCUGGCCUCCCAAAGAAGCAGCUUUGGAGAUCCCUCUUGUUCCUGGUCCUCUUUCCCUACUUGAAAGUGGAGUUUGAGAAGUUGGUCUCCGGCCUAAGAGAAGAGGACGACUAUUCCCUUCAUUCCCCCUCUUCCCACUGGAAUCAGUUUUACCGAGUUUUCCUGGCAGCUUAUCCCUUUGUGACCAUGGUUCCUCAUUCGGCAGCUAUGCAACAUUCUGGGGAAGGCUCAGCAUCCUUCACCCCUGCUGAGCCUAGCUGGAGCUUUGGAAAAGACACUAUCUGGAGCUGGUGGGAUGCAUCAGCCAGCCACUAGCAUUCCUGAGAAGGUGCCAGUCGGUUGUCAAGAAAACUCUAGGGGGCCUUGCCUUGUCUGUCUCCACAGGCCUUUCUGUAGGUGUUUUCUUCCUGCAAUUCCUAGAUUGGUGGUACUCAUCAGAGAAUCAAGAAACCAUCAAAUCCCUGACUGCCCUGCCCGCCCUACCACCCCCUGGGCACCUGGACUACAACUCUGGUCUCUCUCUGCUGCCAAAGCUGAAGAUGGUGUGCCCCUUAUGUCGCAAAACCCGGGUGAAUGACACUGCCCUCGACACCCCUGGCUACGUGUUCUGUUACUGAUGUGUGUAUAACUAUGUGAAGAGUCACCAAACCUGCCCCAUCACAGGCUAUGCAACAGAAGUCCAGUACCUGGUUAAACUAUACUCCCCUGAAAACUGAAUGACCUUGCCAACUGUGCCCCAUGGUAAGACUGCUCUGCCUGCCAUCAAUUCUUCCAGACUGGUAUUGCUCAGUCAGACCCAGCCAUCUCAGUCACCCAUCUCAGGAUCACCUCAGCCUUAAAGAGCCUAACAAAACAUUUGUUAAAAUCAAACACAUACGCAUUUGAAUGUAGGCUAUUAAUAUGCCUCCUAACCUCCCCUCCAGAAAUAAAGGAAAACACAGAGGCAAGUUGCUAUAUGAAGAUAUAACCAGGAGUCAUUAGUGGGAGGGGGACAAAGUUGUUGUGAGGAUCAAUCAAAUGAACUAAGAUAUGCAAAGCACUUUAAUCAAGCUGUAUGAGUGCUGUAUUAUUCUGUGGAGGGAGGAAGAGAGAUACAGCACCCAAUCUCCACUGUCUGCUGCUAUGCCUUGGAUCCAGACUACAAAUAGCCCAAGAAGGAUCCAGAUACAUGCACUAGGCAGACUCCUCUUCAAGGACUCAUUUGUCUGCCAAUAAUGUUUAGGUGUUCAAGGAGGAUUUUGUUUGCUUUGAAUGGAAAUAAAACUUUA